UAUACUACUAUUUGCAUCCUCAAAUCUACUAAUUCAAUUUGCAUUAAUUUCCACCCUUCUCAUGUCUUUCUACAAGAGCCGGCCGAUCCCGUCGAUUUCGAUGGAACGGACCCAAGUCGAACCCACAUGGCGGCGGAGGCCCCGGCGCACGGCCCCGUCCCCGUCCCCGUCCCGCCGCGCGCAUGGAACCGCUGCAUGGCCCUCCUCCGGCGCUGCUCCUCCGAGCGCCACCUCCGCGCCGCCCACGCCCUUUUCGUCUCCGGCGGCCUCCACCGCCACCCCUUCGCCCUCAGCCGCCUCAUUCUCGCCGCCUGCUCCCUCCGCCCCCCUGCCCUCGCCUACGCCUCCCUCCUCUUCCACCGCUCCCCCUCCCCUCCCAACUCCUUCAUGCACAACGCCCUCAUCCGCGCCCAUGCCCGCGGCCCCGACCCCGCCGCGGCCCUCUCCUUCUUCCGCCUCCUCCUCCGCGCCCCGCCCGCCUCCGCCGCCGCUGACCACCACUCCUUCCCCUUCGCCCUCGCCGCCUGCGGUGCCUCUGGCUCCCUCGCCACCGGCGCCCAGAUCCACGCCCUCGUCGUCAAGAACGGCCUCUUUUCCGCCGACCACUACGUCCAGACCGCCGUAUUGCGGCUCUACUGCAACGCCACUGACGAGGCCGCCAAAGUAUUCGACGAAAUUUCCGUGCGAGACGCCGUCCACUACGACGUCCUCAUGAACGCGUUCAUCCGCGCCGGUCUACCCUCCGAGGCGCUGCGACUGUUCGACCAUUUGCUGAUCUCCCGCAUCGAGCCGGACGAGUUCGCCGCCACCACCGCUCUCACGGCUUGUGCACACGCCGGUGCUCUCAAGCAGGGCGUUCGAAUUCACAAGCUCGUCGAGGGGAAGGGACCCUCAUUCCUAAGGGACACCUUCCUGGGGUCGGCUCUCGUGAGCAUGUACGCGAAGUGUGGGUGCAUAAAGGAUGCCGUCGACGUGUUCAACGCGAUGCCUGAGAGGAAUACCCACAUGUGGGCCACCAUGAUCGGCGCGUACGCCAUGCAUGGAUUCUCCAAGGAGGCAAUGGCUUGCUUGCGGCGGAUGCAGGAGGAGGAUGGCCUGCGCCCGGAUGGGAUUGUACUGCUUGGGGCGCUCGCUGCCUGCGUUCAUGCUGGCCUGGUGGAGGACGGCCUACAGCUUCUGGCCGAAAUGGAGGCUCGACACUCGGUGAUCCCCGAGCACGAGCACUACAGCUGCGCUGUCGAUAUGCUGUGCAGAGCGGGUCGGCUGGACGAGGCACUACAUCUCGUACGUGAAAUGCCGAUGAGGCCUCUGGCAUCAGUGUGGGGCUCGUUGCUCACAGGAUGCAGGGUACAUGGGAACACAGAACUCGCCGAGGUUGCUGUUGCAGAGCUGCAGAGCUUUGCGGCUGGCAACGGAGAUGAUGAAGGUGUUUAUGUCCAGUUGUCGAACAUCUAUCUCAAUGCUGACAGGAAGGAGGACGCACGCAGGAUUCGCAAGCUGAUCGGUAGCAGAGGGAUCAAGAAGACGCCUGCAUGCAGCGCGAUUGAGGUGGAUGGGAAUGUGAGCUCAUUUGUGGCAGGGGAUCAAGUGCACCCUCAGCGGCUGGAGAUAUGCCUGAUGUUGGAGGUGUUGGCAGAUCAUAUGCGCCCCUGCUCUGAGGAUGAGUUAUGAGGUGGAGGAUUGCUCGUAGAGAUAUGAACAAGAUGAUGACAUGAAGCCCACCAAACAAGUUGAAUCAUACAGCGGAAUAGCUGAUGUUUGUGAGACUUGGAAUGUCAUGUUGGCUCAUCACUUAAACCGAGUUCAUGAGCAUCAGCUUGUGGACAGAACCAAUUGUUUGUCGAUGAGGACGAAUCCUGCACUGUAUGUAGUCUCUCUUCGUGAAGCAUUGAUCUACUGGAGGUCAGAAGUCAACUGAAGUAUACAGAUCAGAAAACAGAGUCACGCUGAGAUUCUCAGUUAUGGCAACAGAGAAAAAACUGAUUUUUUUGAGGAUAUUUUUGAGCAAGAGAAUGUUAUGGAAUUCUUAUAUUAGAAAUUUCUUGGAAUUUUAAGUUUGAGACAAUUGAUUUUUGUGGACUGAAAGUGUCUCAGGGAGUUCCUUCCUCUUCGAAAUGCCUUCUCUGAGGAUGAACAUUUUGCUCAGACAUCUCUGUAGCACAUUAUAGUUUCAAUUACUGAGAAUUUGUUUUCAAGUUUCCAUUACGGAUCAUAUGCUUUCGAUUU